CCAAUUGGGCCAAAUUAUUUGCGGUAGCCCAAUUAAACAUUUUGUUCCUCACACGAUUCAGUCUUUCAAAUACGGUCACAUUGCCCAAACCCAAUCUAGUUCAACGAGAUGAAGUUUGGCCCUAGGUAUCUGUGCGUCAUCCUGCUCGUGCUGGUCCGCAGAUCAACGGCUGCUGACUUCUUGGACAUUCUCACCGGUGAUGGCUUCAAGGGGGUUCCAUCGAAGCGCCUGGUCAUUCAUCGCAUUGGCCAAUGUCCGGGUCAGAAAAAUCUGCCCAUCUACUUCCCGGACUUCAAGGUAUCCCAGCACAACAAAACCGACUACGUCGUGAACGGCGAAGUCAUCUUCCGCGAGGACUUCCCCAACGGGUGGACCGGUUCAGCGUCGGUGAAAAAGUGCGACGACUUCAGCAGUGCGGCCAACUGUCGACCGUUUCUGAACAACAUCGCCAAUACGGACGUGUGCACGUUGCUAAGCAUCCCGAACACGGUAUAUGCCAAGUAUUUGGAUAUGAUGGUCCCGAGACCGAAAUGUCCCUUUAAGAAGGGAACUUACGUGCUGAAGGACCAACGGGUGGAAGACGAGAUGGCUCGAUUUUUGCCUGGAGCUGGGAACACCUAUUGGGAAGUGCGGUCAUCGGGGAAGGUUGGCGACCGCACGGUUUUGUGUUUCAUACUGCAGUUGAACGCGCGCCCGAAGCGAAAAGAAUCGUAGUGCACCAUGGUUCAGAUAUGUUUUUUUUCGCCAGUGACAGUUUGGUAUUCUUCAAAAUUAGAGGUGUUUUAAAAAUCAAGUAAAUUACAUAUAAAAAUCAUAAAAUGGAAGGAGACACGAUUACGCUUAUUCUUUUUCCAAUUAGACCGUACUGAAGGCCACCUUAAGCAAACUGGUUCAGCGACAUUUCCAAACACUGGAUGACAUUUUUUCCUGCCUGAUAUUUCUCGUGUGCGCCUUUGCCAUUUGGCAACUUUUCACCUGGCUCAUUAGCACGGUCAUCAAGCUCAUUUUCCCCAUCAUCUUAUGCUUCGUGUUUCUGAUUCUUUUCAACGAGCACUACGCAACUGCGAUGGCAAAGUCGAUUCAGUUGGUCCAAUGUUUCUUCACACGUGCAUCCUCCACGAUAGCUACUGUAGUGUCUUACAUUCCCGCAAUCGAAUGACGCACAAAUAAACUACAUUGGGUGCAAUAAA